AUGGUUGAGAAGGAGGAACGCUCAUCCGCUACAGCUGGAUUGAAAAAGACGGCUAAACUGGCGAUUGAGAAGCAGACUGACAGCGGGAGGCGCUUGGUCGAGUACUUUGUUGUUGUCAGUAGCGCUGCGCUGUCUACAGACAACGAGAACGGUGCCCAAUCGGAAGUUGAUGCCUCACUCUCAGAACAGCAAACGGAUUCGAAUUCGUUCGAUGAAGAAGACGAGUUUGCUGCGUAUAAAUUCAAGCCGCUGAUAACAGCGCGCUACCCUGUCAAAGAUCACGUGGACAACCCUCUACAUGACAAUCUGACCCUCUUUUGUCACCCGACUGGAGGAGUUCAGCUCCGAACCAAUCCCUAUAUGCCCAAGGUCCACUACUUCGUGGCAACCGGCGGUUCCGGCAAACAGAUGUACGGCACGUGUUUGACGCUGUGGGAACCCUCCAGUCUCAUAAUGGAAGAAUCUGACGGAAUUGAAGUGGAGCGCGAAGUUCAUUUACCUAAAUGCCUCGUCAUUUUAUCUACCUAUCCAUAUUUGGUAGCCUUUCGUGAAUUUUUGACGCAGUUGAAUCGGCUGACAAAAAGCGGAGAAAUGGCUCUCCCCGUUGAGCGUUACAUUGCUAACUUUUGCGCUGAGAUCCCUGCCCCACCGCCGGGAUCCUUUGAGGUGCAAACCACAAUCAUGGAGUCCGUUAUUCGUAUGUGGUCGCCUCCACACAACCUGCCGAUCGCUUGGGUAUCGCUGCCGUUCUCGAAUCUUUUCGAGUGCCUGGAUAUAGACAAUAUUAUUCUGGGCUGGCAUUGCCUUGUGCUGGAAAGGCAAGUGUUAAUCACUUCAACCCAGAUUUCGAUUCUUACUACGGCCUGUGAGAUCUUUUUGUCUCUACUCUUUCCUAUGCGUUGGUCGCAUGCAUACAUUCCUGUCCUACCAAGCUUUUUGAUUCCGAUGUUAUCGGCACCCAUGCCAUUCUUGUGUGGUAUCAACAAGGCGAAUUUGGCAGACGCCAUGUACGAUUUGAGCCCGGAAUGCGUGUUGAUUGAUUUGGAUAAGAAUACGGUUACGUUGGGGCCAGAAACGGCACCAUUACCUCCGAUUCCUCCCGUUCAGGAAGCUGAACUUCGGGCUCAGUUGGAAGAAAAUGUUGGCAUGAUCUUUCGGGAAGUAAGAUCUUUAACAAAAAACGACGACUUUUCCAAUAGUGGAGCUCAUCUCUCGAGCCAUACAAAGAUGAUGGCCGAAGCAAUGUGGGAAUCUCGCCUUUGCCUUUUCGAUGAGGCUUUUCAUUUGGCGUUUACACCUGAAGAAGCACGCAAGAAUCACUUGAACGGGAACGAUUCCUCUGGAUUAGAAGUAUCAGAUCGCGAUAUAGCGAAUCCGAUGGCUAUGUUGGCUGUUACGGAUCAACAGACUCUUCGGAAGCAGUCUUCAUGGGAUGCUGUUCAGGAAGCUUUUCUCAAUACCUUCGUCUAUGUCCUGCGCAACUUUCGAAAGUAUUUGGUCUUUCCGUCAAAGCAUAAUGAAGGAUCUUAUGGAGGAGCGGGUUUUCGCUCCAAGGAGUUCAUCGAAUCACAACGCUAUGAUAUGCGCGAAUUUUUGGAACAGAUGAUUGGUACGCAAAUGUUUGACAAUUUCAUCACAAAACGUCUUUAUGGUAGUGGUGAACCGGAUGUUGCAUUUUUCGACAUGGCUGUCGAUCGUUUUUUGAAGAACGCGGGUCUUUUUGCCGACGUCGAUUUCGGGGGUCGUCUAUUCGACGCUACCAGCAAUUUCAAAUCCAGAGGGACCGCGAGCAAAGCUCCACGAAACAAGAGAUCAACAAAACCAGCCCUGGUAGCGGCAAAACUGAACGAAAACCCUUUGCUACAGAGUGCCAAAGUACACCGAAUGCUGAAAACAAUUGUACCCCCUGAACCAACAGGAGAUGGGUUACCAGUCCAGUCGUCUGACAAUGAUUAUGCCAUUGCAAUUGUGGGAGAAGAUGACGACAACAGUACACAAUCGGGUGGGACAUCAUCCACCCGAAAAUCAUUUCUUCCCAAACAAAGCAAGACUCCACAAAUCAAGUACAAGUACCAGACUUUCCCUUCGGAACUUCAAACGGAAUUAUUUGGAACGGCUCGCCCUCUUCCAGCAGCUGUCAUUGCGGAAUUUGAUCGUCAGCGAAAGGACGCUGCUCAAUUUCGCCGCAGGAAUGCAAUGCCCAAGGAUGCACAGAAGCAUAUCCAACGAGCACAUUCCACAAUGGAUCCAAUUGAUCCUCCAUCCCCAGAGGUGGCAACAUUCACUGUUUUCUUUAUGGCCUUCACCGCUCUGGUGGGCAAGGAGCUAGUUGAUAUGGCACAGGAUCCCAAUGCUCCGGAACGGACUAUUCUUUCAACGUACGUCCCUACCACGGUAGCAGACGAAUAUUCAUAUAGCGAGAUAGAGAACUCCGAAAGCCCUGAUGGCGACGACCCGAAAGAAAAAGACGACGUGGCAAACAUGAAAGCGUCCAGACCAAACAUGGAGGAUAUGUUUGAAGAUGACGACGACAUUGCAGAAGUAUCCGGCUUUGGAGACGUUGCCUAUAAAGAGAGUCUUACUGAGCAAAUAUUGGAGGAAGGCAAGUCACUGGAGACACUCAAUGUGAACAAAGAUUCAGACGAAAGUUUGGGUCAUGCGCUCGAAAAAACAAAGGAAGAAGCUGAUCCAGAGCUCCUCAAGACGACAUUGCUCAAAAAGCAAAUGGAAGAAUCGAAAGAUUUGGAAGUCCCAGACGGUGCAAUCGAUGAGAAUUUACUCACUAAGAUGAAUUCGACGCGCGAGGUAGAUGGCGAAGUCGCAGAGGUUCUUGACAAGGACGAUGCCGACACUGAAGAAUCUUCUGAAGUCCAGCCACGUAGAAGGUUUCGAGAUAAGUUGUCGGACCUUGAAAUAGAAGAAGCAAAAGCAAAAGGAAGAGCUCAAUUAGGUUUAGCUUUUGAGAUGCUUACAAUGAUGAAAAAGCGCGCUUUAAAGGCCGACCCUGAAGCAUAUCAAAGCCUUAUUGAUGCUUGCGGUCGUGUGGGGGAUACAAAGAGAGCCACUGAUUUGCUCGCCAAAAUGCACGAAGACGGUAUUGUAGCUGAUGGAACUGUGUAUGCUUGUUUGGUAUCAGCAUUUUCUGCCGAGAGCGCAUGGAAAAGCGGAGAAAAAGAUGAAGAUCUUCCAGAAUGGGCCAAUAGCACGGCGGUUGAAAUGGACUGGAACAAACUGCAAAAACGAUCGUUUCUCGAUCGCUUAGUAAACCGUGUAAUGGAUUUAGAAGAAGAUGAAGACGAGGAACCUGAUGAAAGCCUCAGUUCAUACCAGAAGCUUCGCAAUAGGCUCAUGAAAAGUAGAAAGCAAGACACUAAGGGACAAUCAAACCAAAAGCCUGAGGACAAGGGGACGGAUUUUUAUGUUACCGAAACAGUUGAGAAUCAAAUUGCCUUGGGCGAAAACCUGCUGGAGAUCGUAUUCCCAGAUAUUUCUGUUGACACGGAAGACGAAACUUGCCCACGUUGCAACUUUGAACUUUCGGAUGAUGCCGUCGCUCUUGGCUGGAAGCCGACCGAUAGCAAUGAUUACACAACGGCAUGUCCGAAUUGCACCCAACGGUUUGUUCCACACUUCCGUGUUCAGUCUACAGCACCCGACUUUCUUGGGUCACGAGGUCCAGGUUCGCCUCUUAUGUGCGAGCGUCUGAGCCCUUGGGUUCUGCAGAAAGAAAUAAGAAGUGUUAUGAGUGAUGUGGAGGGAAUCAACAAUCUUCUUGAUCCAGAAUGGAGAGGAAAGGAGUACAAAAAUGCCGUUUUGUGGUGGAAUUUAGUCCUGUCUUGUAUGCGGUACCGCUUCCCUUUUUCCUUCUUACUGCAAGGCAGUUUCGAGCAAAACCUAAUUGCUCCAAUGCCAGAAGACGAGAGUUAACAAAAAAGCAGAUAGUAGCAGAAAAUUAGAAAGCUGUAAAACCAGGUUAAAUCUUGGUUGAAGCGAACGAGUUUGCUCUUUGACCCCCAUUUUCUUUGAAGAGGCCCGUUUUGAUGGACUUUCAAAAGACGAG